AUUUAAUACCUUCUGAUUAUAUAUCUACCACACCUUUAUCCAAUGUGGUCAUACAAAGUUGUUAGAAAAUCAACAUGUGAAAUGUAUCAAUCGCCAGUGUAUUUACAAACAUUUUCAAUUUAAACUGAAAUUGAAAUACAUUUUAAAUGUUUAAUCAGUGCCUUAAUUUAAAAAAUUAUGUAAGGCCUAUUUAUCACCAUAUCAAUCCACUUCAUCCUAUACAUUCUCAUUAUGCAUUUUUAAAUAGACGGAAUAUUUUUGCUGUUACUGGGAUUCAACCAAGUGGUAAACCUCAUCUUGGAAAUUAUCUUGGUGUAAUAAAACCAUGCAUUGCCUAUAGUCGUAAUAAUGAUAUAUCAAAAUUUUUUAUGUUGAUCGCUGAUUUACAUGCUCUUACAUCAAAAAAUUGUACUGAUCUGGAAUUAGGUAUACUUGAACUUGUAGCUACUUUACUUGCAUGUGGAUUUGAAGGGAAUUCUUUAAAACAAAUUAUAUUUCUUCAAUCUUCUGUACCUGGACAUACUGAACUGGCGUGGAUUUUAUCGACAGUUUGUUCAAUUCUGAGAUUAGCUCAUUUACCACAAUGGAGAGAUAAAUGUGGAUAUUAUAAUUCAGUACCUGAAUCAUCUGUUGCCAAUAAUACUGCUACAACAACAACUACUGCCACUACUGCUAAUAAUACUACUGACAAAUUAUCCAUAAGUAGUACUUCUGAUUCGGCUACAGUUGGUCUAUUUACUUAUCCUACAUUACAAGCUGCUGAUAUUUUACUUUAUGGUGCACAUGCCGUACCUAUUGGAGCUGAUCAAAUAGCUCAUAUUGAACUGACACGUGAUCUGGUUCGUUCAAUUGUAUAUAAAUGGCCAUCUUUAUCAUCAAUUUUACAUAUACCGAAAAGUGUUAUUUUUGAUACACCUAAAAUCAAUAAUUUAAUGAAUCCAUUGAAAAAAAUGAGUAAAUCAGAUCAAUCGGAGAUUGGUGUUAUUUAUUUAACUGAUACACCAGAUAGUAUUUUUAAGAAAAUUAAACGUGCUGAAACCGACUCUAUACGUAAAAUCAGUUAUGAUACAGAGAAACGUCCAGGUGUAUCAAAUUUAUUAAGAAUUCUCGCUUCUGUUCAGGGUCGUAAAAUUGACGAAAUUCUACCUACAAUAACCAAUGAAUGGAGUAAAGAAGAUUUAAAACUAAAAAUAGCCGAUGCCCUAAUUGAAGAAUUGAAUCCAAUUCAAAAACGUAUACAUGAUUUAAUGAAUACAGACGAAGGUCAAUCCACUCUGGUGAAUUGUUUAACACAUGGUGCUGAACAAGCUAAUCAAUUAGCUGCGAAACGUUUAGAGCUAAUCUAUUCUGCUAUUGGUUGUAAAAUACCAGUACGUAAAGUACAUUGUACUUCAUAUAAUUGA